CUUCAACGAGGCGUGUUGGAUAUGACUCGUCUGCCUCGAAUAUAAUAAGGACCGCCCCUGAAGGUUUCGGUUCCACGUUGGGAUUCCCCAUCUGACCCAGCCAAAUCGCCCACGGGUUCUCGAUCGCCGAGACGAACCACUCUGCUGUUGAUCUUCAGGACCCGCGCCGAAUACGGAGCGGAGCUGGAUGUUUCCCUGCCGUAUCAUCCCACUGUAGCCUUCAACAGGCUUCUGGUGCUUCUUUGGACGUUUGAUAUACUUAUAAUGGCCCAACUAGACUGAUCUGGCUUGCCUGUCUCACUUCUAGUGCUCAAUUCUUGUUGCUCGUUCAUUCAGGUUGCUGCCGGUUAGCAAGCCUCUUCGGAACCUGUGCAUCUCUUUCCCCUCCGCCUGUGCCAUAAAUACUUCCCUCGAAACAGGAUGGUGGUUUUCAUUGACUUCGACGACGAUGCGCUUAGCCCGCAUCAUAUCUCGGGUCCCUCCAAUCCCUUCCUACAUCCCUACAUAGAACCCAAAAAGCCUGGGUUAUCCGAACUAUUACCUGUCAAACCGGACGAGCCGCAUCGUGCAGCGGAUGUAUCCGCGGACAGUGAUCGCUCCGCAGACCCGUUACACAGCAUUUCUCCCAUCUCUAAGGCGCCACAACAAAAUCCAAAUCGGAAUGCUUUCUCAGCUGCUCUGAGCUGCUAUCCGAUUAUCAAGACAAUUGCUCGCUCGGUGGAUUUGAAUACUCUACACGCCCUUUCACGAACAUGUCGUCAAUUCCACGCCAACCUCUCUCCCUAUCGCCAGCAGCUGGUUAAGCAGACCUUGCGUUGUGAGAAUGAGUAUAUCGAGACACUAUCGGACAUGUUGGACAGCGGAGCUUGCAUUCCCGACAGCGUCAAGUCGGUUAUGCGUUUGCUCAGCCAGAAUGCCAGAAGUUCCGGACGCCUGACCAGUGGCAAGAUUUCCAAAUGCGCCCGAGAUAUGGUGGCCGAAUGCCGUCGAUGUUCCAAGGUUGUGUGCCGGAAUUGCGUUAUCAAGCCUCCAUCCAGCCACAUGCUCAGACACCGCAUUCGUCGUCUCUGCACCACUUGUCGCACGGCCCCUCUGAAUGAGCUUAUCGAGCAACCCUACGAACAUGCUCAUCCACAGAACAUCUACACACAUGCGCCUUCUCAUCCUCCUCGGUCCAUAAUCUCGGCAUUCCAACGUACGCCUUGCUCCUGCGAUGAUGCUAUAUGGCUUUGUCAUCAAUGCGGACAUCAAGUACGCAGCAGCGAUACAACCUACCGACGGGUAUGGACAUGGCGCACCCGUUAUAGUACCUAUCUUGGCGGCCUCGGCACUGGGAUUGGAGAAGGCUGCCAAGGCGUCAAGUGUGGUCGCGGAGAGGAUUGCCUCGCAGCCCAAGAGAUUGAGCUUGAGGUAGAAUGCGAAGCGGACGAAGCUUCAGGGAGCCCCCCUGACUAUGGCCGCUACUACGAGCAUCGCCACAGCCAGAGUCCUCCACGGCAUCACAACCACUCCCAUGACGACUGGGAGCAUCGUGAGGAAGAAGAGCCGGGUUACUUUCGACAGGAGAUUAUCGGCAUCGGAGGCCGCGUCAAACACAAGGCGAAAAAACGAGUCACGGUGGGUGCUUGCGUAGUAGAGCAUGAAGAUGAGCGUGAAACAGGCGAGUAUCUUACUAGAGAGGAGCGGGGACAGCAUCGAAGCUGGUGCGGAUGGUGUUGGCGAGUCAUUCCGGCCAGAGAUGAGCUGUGGAACGUUAGAUGACAUUACGACCGUUAGCUAGAUGAAGUAAUUGCCACGGGCUUAUGUAGCGAACUUGUCUGGUGGGCGAACAUAGGAUAGGAGCGCGACUUAGUAUCCUGCAUAUUAUUGGACUUUUGGC